AGAUAUUGGUCAUAGCAGUUAAAUGGAUAUCACAAGCAGUACAGAACCAUGGCUGUCGAUAAUUUACCGCCACGUAACAAAUCUCAGCGAUUGAUCGAUCGAAAGCAGAAGCAGCAGCUCGAGGAAAAGUUCAACCAACAGAAUCACAACCACCAUGUUAAGACGAUUGCCAACCCGCAGAUAUCCGACAUAUGUUUGGGUUUGAACGAGCUGACCGAUUCCUUACAUGCCUUGCCGCAAGAUAUUAUCAGCUAUUUCACGUUGCUGAAAGAGAUUGAGGCAAAGUGUGUGUACACGGUUCCACACCUUCAGGCAUACAUCAAGCGAUUUUUAACUAUGAGAAAGGACCAUCCUAAGAGAUCGUUGUUGCUGUCUAGAAUAAGAGAGUGUAUUCGAGAGAUCAUGCCAUGCUUAGAGGAAAAGAUGCACGUUGCAACUAUUGCUUCUGACCACGUGAGAAAAUAUGUCAACAAACUCGACCAGGCAUAUGACAUAAUCGUCGAUAAGGAGAUUCCUGAGAUUAUCAGGAUAGGGCCGCUGUGGGAACCGUGUAUGAAAGUGAGUGAACCUAAGACAGUGCAUCAGCAGCGUAGUGAAAGCAGAAGAGAGGCGUUGGCUGCGAAGAAGGCUCGGAACGGGGGUUCAUUUGAAGACGACUACGAGGGAACAGCAGCGGAAGAUUCUUCAGGACCAAUGAAGAAGCCACAGAGGUCAUCGAAAAAGGAGACGAAGACACAUAGCUCCACCACGAGUACGGCGAACGUCAACUCGAAAAAGAGGAAGACUGCAGAGGAAGACUACAACUACAACAAGCAAACUGGGACCAACGGCAACGGCGCUCAUACUCAAAAUGGAACCAGCUCAAAUAUGAGUGUACAUAGUACUGCAAAGAAGAGCAAGAGUUCCAAGGUAAAAAAAGAAACAAAGAGGGAGAACGAUCACAGCAUCCAGAGUUCCAGGAACGGAAGCUCUUCGGUCAACCACGCCAAAAGUGCCAACGGUGGAACGAAUGGCGCUGCGAACAGCCACGGCGGUGGCAAUGCCAACAGCACAAACAGCAACAUUAGCAGUUCCCGCAGUGCUGGUGGUGGAAGCAGCAAAGCAAGAAGCGGUAACCACUCGGACUCGGGCCACGCUUCCCGAGCCAGAAAAGAAUCCCAACACAAGGUCACGACUGCUACCUCGCCGGCUAACUACGAGGGCGAACCAGUGUACUGCUAUUGCCAGCAAGUGUCCUACGGAGAGAUGGUUGGGUGUGACGGUGCCCAUUGUGAGAAAGAAUGGUUCCACUUGCCCUGCACCGGGUUGAAAGAGCUACCGAAGGGAGAGUGGUAUUGCGACGAGUGCAAGGCCAAGAUGGCUGUGUGAUGCGUAGUUCCGUGUGUGAUGCGUAGUUCCGUGUGUAUCGCUAAUUGUAUAUCAGAUUUGUAUUUCUUGCAAUCCACUUUAGACCGACCAGUAC